AUGUAUAUGUACAUGUACGUUAACAUUGUAUGCAAUAUUCAUUAUUCUCUUUCUCUCUCUGUUUCUUCUCUCAGGGUUCAUAUAUCAUAGCUAAGCCACGCCCAGUCGAUCAGUUACAGUUCAUUUUAGAGCAAACGAGAUCAGGCCAGGGACAAGCUCUAGAAGAAUUUUUUCAUCUCCAUGGGAACAUGCAGGCCUCCGCCAUGUGUCUCAUACUAGCCACAAGACCAAAUAAGGAGGUGGCUCACUGGGCGACUGAGGCUUAUUUCAAGCACGGAGGAGAACCUCAUUUUAUUUUUCCAACGACUCUCGGACCUAAUGGGGCGGGGCCUUCUCCGAAUCAGUUCCAGCAGCAACCCUCAUCGCCAUUUUCUAGUUUUGUUCAAGCCCCACCUUCUUUGGGCGGGGCUCUCGGUCGUCCUGUGAUUGGUCCGGAGGUACAGUUGUCAGGGAAACACAACGGACUCAUUUUGUACUUGGCACGUCUUCUUCGUCCGCUGUGGAAUGUGUCUGUUACCAUAGAAGAGAAAAAUGAAGGAUCCGGUGACAUAAAAGUACUGAGUCACUAUGACAUUAUGGAGCUGGCU